UGGCGAAGGCAUGGGCCUCUUCGCCGGCGGCGGCGCGCCGUCGUCCUCGUCGUCGCUGGCCGCAGCGAUGAUGCCGUCGUCUUCCGCUGGCGGCGCCGGCGCCGGCGCCGGCGCCGGCACGCAGAGCUCCGCGAGGCGCUGCCGCACGUCCGCGCGGUCGAAGAUCGCUGUGGCAUCAUCCAACUCCACGAAGUUGAUCGCGCGCGCCGCGUCGGCCGCGCGCGCGAGGCGCCGCGCACAGACGGGCUGGAGCCAGCCCUCGACCACGAACCGGUGCUUGUCGUCGGCGCCGGGCACCUUGACCGGCCGGUUGAAGACCAAGGAAAGGGGCUUCAUGGCCGCGUGCUGGAACGCGCCGUCCGAGAGGACGCAAUAUGUCAAGCGCGGGUCGUCCUCCGCCUGGCCGCGCCGCCGCGGCCGCUCCUUCACGUCACUAUUCAAAACCGCGUUGAGCGCCGCGCGGCACGCCGUCGGGCCCCGCGCCGCGGCGACGUCGCGCGCGCCCCGGAUGACUUCCGACCGCUUCGCGGCGGCGUCGACGGCCUUGACGAAAGCGUCGAAGGCCCGGCGCUCCGUCGACGACACCAGCACCGUCUCCUCGUCCUCGUGACGCGUCCAGAGCACCGCGAGGCCGCCCGCGCGCGCGUAGACGCUCUCGGCGUUUCCGGCGCGCCAGCCCUCGUAGGCGUCGUAGAGCGCCAUGCACCACUCGCCGUCGCCGCGCUCCACGGACGCCCGGAGCUGCGCCUCGUCGUACUCCCAGCGCAGCGACGCCGCGCGGUACGUCUCCGCGGGGUCGCCGCCGCCCUCGCGCUUCGUGAAGGACGCGGCGCCGGCGGCGCGGCCGCGCGCCGUCGCGUGCUUCCAGGGGAACGGGCUCGCGGCCUCGAGCGUGCAGCGCGUGGCCAGCGCGUACGUCGCGUCGGCGAGCGCCGGUCUGCCGUCGAAGUCGUCGUCGUCGCUGCUCGCCUGCACGUCGACGGCGCCGUCGUCGUCGCUGCUGCUGGCGUCCGGUGCGGGUGCCGGCGCCGGUGCCGCCGCAGUCAUGAGCGCAUCGAUCUCUGCCUCGGACUUUGGCGCGAGCGUCAGGUCUGCGAGCUCCUGCAAGAAGGCCAUGGGUGCUCCUACGCUCGUCGUGCAGCGGCAGCGCGUCGGUGGCGGUCGUGAGGCCACGAAUGUGAUCGAUGCGCGGUCACGCUAUGAAAGACUACGAGUUAUACCGCCCUGGAGCUC